AUGGCGCUGACCAACUUCAUCGUUACGGUGGCCGUGGUCGGCGCGGGGGUGCUCCUCUUCACCACCGACAUCCGCAGGUCUGGCGCCCUCUUCCGCCGCAACGUGCGCCAGCUCCGGCAGUGGCUCGAGGAGGACACGGCCUCCGCCGCGUCCAAGUCUGCAAAAGAAGCAGCUCCAACUCCAAAGAAAUUUGACUCAACGGUCCCCAAGGAGAAGCCAAAGGAAGAUAGUCACUGA